AUGACUUGGCGAAAAUGGAUGUACCGGGCACCUUUGCAGAUGCAUUUGCUCCUUGCCUAUACUGCUGUGCUCUCUCUUCUGCUGUUACAACCCGUAGUGGCAGAGGUGAAGGGAAAGACUUAUUCGAGACUAGUUGCAUUCGCUGAUUUACACGGUGAUGUGUACAACUGUCGUUUGCUGCUGCGCGCGGCAAACAUUACCGACGCACACGACCGCUGGAUUGCCGGCAACUCUACUGUUGUACAGUUGGGUGACAUUGCCGAUAGAGGACGGCAUAGUCAUGAGAUUUAUGAUCUAUUUGCAUCACUAGAGACACAAGCUGCAGAGGCAGGUGGAGAAUUUAUUUUCCUCGUUGGUAAUCAUGAACUAAUGAACCUUCUGGGGGACUAUGCAUAUGUACAUGAAGACAUGAUAAAGGUGUUUGGAGGAAAAACCGAAUACUCUGUCGCUUUUAGUCCCAAAGGUGCUUAUGGAUCCUACAUUAUGCAGCAUCAAGUAGUAUUAGUACGUGGGGGUGUAGUGUUUGCCCAUGGUGGUAUUACCCCUGUUUAUGCGGCCAAAGGCGUUGAUGGCAUUAACGCUGAAUUCCACAAUGGAUUUAACUGCCAGCGCCAGCGCGAGAGUGCGGCUGCCGGUGAUGGCGGCUCCCACGCGUGCCACCCCUUCAGCAACGCCGAGAGCCCCGUGUGGAGCCGGCAGCUGAUCUACGAGGGGCAGCAGGGGAACUGCGGGCUUCUCACGGAGUCGCUGCGGCUCCUCUCCGCGGCGGAGCGGGCGGCCGGGCGCCCCCCCGUCCACGCGAUGGUCGUCGGCCACACCAUUCAGGCCGGCGGCGCCAUCGCCCUCCUCUGCGGCGGCCGCCUCGUCGCUGCGGACGUCGGCCUCAGCCGCUACGCGUGGGCCGGCGGCGGCCAUGCGGCCUUCGUCGAGUUCCCGCCGCCGCAGCGCCGGCCGGUGCCGCACUACCCGUACGGUGUCGGCGUGCGCCCAGCCGCCGCGGUGCCCCUCACGCAGGCCAUACAACCACCCCGCCGCACCCACACACAACAACAAGCACUGAAGGAGCAGCACCAGGAUGGGGAAAUACCGCAACCUCAACCAGAACCAGAACAAGAGAAACAGGAAGAGGAAAUAGAAGAACCACACGAGCAAAAAGCACCGAUUGUUAUGGGUGCAUCAUCAUCAUCAUUCGUGGGUAGAAGUGUAGAAACACCACAUAUCCGGUUAGUGGAUUAUGUGUUCCUGUUCGUCCUGCUUGCACUUGUGGGGUCACUUUUCGUAUUAAAGAAGUGGAGGUCACUCCUGAGAGAUUUUCGUGUCAAUCUAAAAGAAACAUAA